GCGGACCCUCCAGUGCGCAUGCUCGCCGAUGUGCGCGUGCGAUCUCGUCAGGCGAGGGCGUCGAGCAAGGCGAGGUCCUGAGGGCUUGGUGUCCUAUAUCUGGUACAACUCCGUCCACCCUACCAUCUUCCACAAACCAUAUAUAAAUCAGCUUUACUGCAGAGAGCUUGAAUCCUGUAAAGGACUAAGCUGCAAAGGUGCCACGUGUGACAGAGAGUUUGGCCAUCAUGAAGAAUCCUCACAUCUUUGAUCUACACAAGCAAGAGGAGGAUCCAGAAACUAGUUCCAUAAACAACCCAGGAGCUGUAAAUGAUUCUGGUCAACAGCUGAGGCAUGUUCAGUGUUUGUCACUGAAUGGGCCUUACCAAGCUGUGAGCCAGACCCAGGAGCUUUGCUGCAAGUGGCAACAGCUGGAGACCCACACAAAGGAGCAGAAAACAGAGCCACCAACGCUGGAGCAGUUUCUGAUUAGCCUGCCAGAGGAGAUCCAGACAUGGGUGAGGUCAAAGCAGCCAGAGAACAGCAGGGAGGCAGGCCUGUUGGUAGAAGACUUGGUCCUGGCAUGUGAGAAUCCAGGUGAGACAGCUUUCUCUGCUCAGGACUCUAUCCUUGUGGAAAACAAGAACAACAGAGAACACCAAAAGAGGAAUACAGAGGCAUUAGGCUGUCCACUGUCGGCUGGGUCCCAGGAGUUGGUGACGUUUGAUGAUGUGGCUGUGACCUUCACCCCAGAGGAGUUAAGCUACCUUACUGCUUCUCAAAGGAAGCUCUACAGAGAGGUGAUGCUGGAGAAUUACCAGAACCUGGUUUCCUUAGGGCACCAGUUUCCUAAACCUGACAUUAUUUCUUUCCUGGAAGAAGAGGCAUCAAGAGCAACAAGAGAGGACAGUAAUGCAGUGAUGUGUCAUGGUAACUCAAAAAGACAGGGAAGAGAUGCUCUUCUGAUGUUGGUGAAAACUGGGAACCCCAGGAAAAUACAGAGGAGCCUCGUGGGCAGCAUGCCCUGAGAGCUUGCUUUGCUCACCUGUCACCUGGCGUCUCCAGGCCGCCCCGUCCUGCCAUUUGUUUCCUGUGGCACCUAGAGCAUGCUGAUUUGGCCAGAUCGAUGCCUCUGCAGCUUCGAUGACACAUGAAUGCUCACCUUUGACCUUGCAUUGACCUUUGAUGCUGAC